UUUAAGUGGGGGUUUGUUAUAUAAAGGGUGCCCACAUCAGCUCGUAGUCACAUCGGAAUUUAUUGCUCAAGUGUAGUCAACUUAUAAAAAUAAUAAAAGCGAUCUUAAGAAGAUGCUGCAGAUUUUACUGAUUGCCGCAUUGGCGGUUUCUUCUUGCCAAGGUCUUGUGUGCAAAACGUGCAGUCAGGGACAGUUCUCGACUUUGGUGGGUGGCAACAACAACUGCUAUGCAGGAAAUGGCGCAGGAGUUACUGAUGUCACUUGCACGGCAGCCCAAACUUAUUGCUUCUCUAAUUUUAUAAUCCAAGACGGCCUGGUUUUGAGUGCCGCUCGAGGAUGUGCGGAUCCAACUUUGGACUACGAUACUACCACCACAUCCAACCCAACCGGUCCAGAUUGCGUUACCUCAUCUUUAGCAACACAUGUGGACCAUACUAGUUGCAACUACCCUUGUACCACUGAUAACUGCAACACCGUUACAACAAGCGGAUUGUCAAGAUGUGGCACGAACGACUGCAACAGAGCUUUAAGUCAAGGAUAUUGUAACUUCUUCACCGGCAACUGUGUCUGCAACACUGGGUUCUCUGGAACAGAAUGUCAAACAGCAGCCACCGCUGUCACUCCUGCCAUUCUCUUUUGUGUUCAAUGCAACAGUGUCACGGAUUCGGGCUGUGCUGCGGCGACGACUGCGAACGCUUGUCCAAAUGACGUCAACUCUUCAGCUUACUGUCAGACCUCGAGAACAUUAACCAUUGACGCCGCUGGAAGCAUUGUUCGAACUGUGAUCACGAGGGGCUGCGGAAAUGUACAGCGGACACCAGACCAAUGCACGUUCACCAGUUUAUUGGAUUCAAGGUUCACCAAUCACCACGAGUACACUUGCGUUUCGACUUGUAAUACUGCCGGUUGCAAUACUGGAACACCUGACGGUCUCAUUACUGGCACGGAGUCGAAAGCCAUGUAUUGCGUUGUUUGCUCCGAUCCAACAGGAACAGGAAUAUGUAACUCAUUCACAUCAACGACAGCUACAUCGAUGACAAGGGAGCUCUGUCCGGUUGGGACCACACAUUGCUUUAUGAAUUCUACCUAUCUUAUUGCCAACAGAGAGGAUCUAAGCUACAUGGAUGCAUCGCCCGCUUACCAACUGGAAAGUGUGUACCGUGGUUGUGCCACAGCAGCAGUGACAAAAGCUUGUACUUCCACCACCAUCACCGGGACUGGCCUGAACCGCGUCGUCUGCCAAGAGUCUUGUCAAACCGAAGGCUGCAACUACAGAUGGCCUGCUAGACCAAUAUGCACGCAGUGCUCUACACCACCUGGGACACCACCACAAUACGACUCUUGUCUUGAACACCCGCCUUUGGCAACACCAUGCUUUGCUCCUUACCUGGACCGUUGUUUCCACGCGGCUGGAUCUUUUCAUGCAACCAGGCCAGUAUUUGCAAGUGGUUACUACAAAGGUGCGAUUCGUAGUUGCAGUUGGUAUGAUAGAGGUACGGGCUGUUCUCAAAUAUCAACAGGCUCCACCAUUACUGGAGCAACUACUGUGCGUCAAUGUAACGUUACUUGCACCACCGACAAUUGCAACCAAGGUCUACCAUUACUAAGCGGAUCCGUUCGUCUUCAAGGCGUGAGUGCAUUGCUGGUACCAAGCAUUCUCGGCUUCAUCUAUCAAUAUUUGUAUUAAAUCCAAAAAGUAGUUUGCAUUCCGCCUUCUAAUAAUUUUCAUAGUCCCACUGAGUUAAAAAAAUCGAAAAAUAUGCCUUGCUUUUUACAAAGACAUUUGUUCUAUAUAACACUGUGGUAGCGUGAUCUACCGUGUGCGUGUGACUUGCAUUUUGCAACGAUUUAAUACACGGCUUGAUUCGCAUUGGCUUGUUGUCUGAACAGUAUAUUAGGUUGCUGCUAAACUCUACAUACUAUGUUUCGUCGCAAUUCUCGGUGUAAACAUUUUCUGUGAGCAAAAUAUUGGAACACUUAGUUCGUUUCCCAGCCCUUUGUUAUCGAGUUGCGUGGGUAAAAUUACAGCAUUAUCAAAGCACAGCGCAUAAAAUACAACGAACAAUAAAGUGGAACGUCGCGU